AACUCGAGUAGACACGCGUGGAUCGGUCCCCACUUUGUUUAAUAUAAUAGCAAAGAUAUAAAGAAGCAUCAGAUCAACCUUAGCUCUAGCCAGGUAGAAAAAAUAUGGCUCAAUCUCCAUCCAUCCCAAAGUAUUUGCAAGAAGAUGAUAUCCCUCAAGAAUGCAGAGACCUCAUUCCCUCUCUCCCCCGCGAAAAAGGCUGGGUGGGUACCUCCCUCCACUUAUACCAAGGCUUCUGGAUCACCACAAGCCACCUGAAGGGCGUCCUCGCUUGCCAGAGCCACUUCCGAGCCCGAGACACCGACAUCCUCCUCGUAACUACCCCAAAGUCCGGCACCACCUGGCUCAAGGCCAUCCUCUUCGCCCUCCUCAACCGGGCCAAGUUCUCGGAUUCCCCAAAACAGCAACACCCUCUGCUGUGCCAAAACCCUCACGACCUCCUGCCGUUUCUGGAAUUCAAACUCUACUUCCAGCAAGAUGCUCCCGACGUCACCUCGCUCCCGCCCCCAAGGCUCUUCGCCACUCACUUGCCUUAUCAAUCUCUGCCGCUGUCAGUGAGGGACUCCAAGUGCAAGCUGGUGUACCUGUGCAGGAACCCUAAGGACACCUUCGUCUCACUCUGGCACUUCACCAACAAGCUGAGGCCCGAAGACAAGGGUGACAACUGUCUCCAAGAAUCGCUCGACAAGUUCUGCCGAGGUGUGAGCUUGUGCGGACCAUACUGGGACCACGUGCUGGGGUACUACAGGGCGAGCUUGGAGAUGCCCGAGAAGGCUUUGUUCUUGAAGUUCGAGGACAUGAAGGAAAACCCGCACCCUCAUUUGAGGAGGUUGGCUGAGUUCUUGGAGUGUCCAUUCAGUGAAGAAGAGAUGAGACAUGGAGCCGCGGAGGAAAUACUGAGGCUGUGUAGCUUUGAUAAUUUGAGCACAUUGGAGGUGAACAAGAGAGGUAAGUUGGCUUCAGGAGAAGAGAAUAGGUCCUUCUUCAGGAGAGGCGAGGUUGGAGAUUGGGUGAAUCUCCUGAGUGUUGAGAUGGCCGACAGGAUUGACCAAUUAACGGAAGAGAAGCUGCAUGAUUCUGGGUUGACGUUUUAGUGCAUAUAGCACACUCAUUCAAUAAUUUCCGUGUCUUAUGUGUCAGUUUCGAAGAUGUGAUUUGAUGGUCAAGAAGAAAAGGUACAAAAUGUCUGGAAAAAAAAAGAAACGACUUGAUUGUUCGGACUUUCGGAAGGUCAAUGUCCAGCUGGCUAAUGAAAUAUUUUCAGUGGCAUUUGCCAAUAGUGGUUUCGUUGCCAUAGUGAGAUGCUUCAAGGUUGUGAUUCUAGUCUUCAUUUAUGUUGUACUGUUAGUUGGCAUUUGCAGAUGUUAUUUGGCCAACAUGUAGUUGGCUAGUAAAAAGCUGCCUUCCUUCUUGCCGGGAGAUGCUGGUUUUCAUCUUCUGCUAUUCUUUUCAGUUCCUUUUUCUCUUUUUGCUGUGUGAAGCUUCUUGGCAUAUUGUCUUCUAUAUGUAUUGCAGUUGAAUGAGUAUUCUAGUUCUUAUUUUA